GUGAUGUAGAAAGACACUAAAACAUUUAUUAUGUCAUUGCAAAUUAUGAAUGAUAGUUACCUACUGAUAAGACUCUGAGCAGCUAUCUUUUGUGAUAUGAACUACGAUAUUCUGGGAAAAUGUACUAUAUAUGUGUGUUGCUGAAUACUUUUUUUGGGAUUUUAAUAGCCGAUUCUGCAAGUAAUGGAAAUAUCGACAUUUCGAAUCAAAAGGUAACAAAGGAAAGUGUUCUCUUACCAUUUCCGACCGAUAGUUCAAAAUAUGUGAUUUUGAACGUGACUGCGAAACCGGGAAAAAUCGCGGCCGUAGAAGUAGAUGACCUCCUUCAUGGAGGUUUAUAUGCUAAUAUUUCCCAUCAUACAGAAAUGCAGAAACCAGCCUUGGUAAUCAAUGUGAUUGAAGAAAAAAAUAGUGAAAAAUUAAGUGAUAUUAAAUGGGACACUGAAUUAAUAGAGGAUGGUACCAAUACAGAAGACAAACGUGUCAGAUACGUCGUACAUACUUCCAGUAAAACCCAUAAUCUAGUCAGUCACCAAUUACCUUUAGCAUUAACAAUAUCGGCAGUUGUCAUAGUAAUUAUUACCGGAAGUGUUGCUUAUUUCACUUGGAGGAAAUUUGAAUAUCGAUGUCGACGAAGAGAAUUACUUAUCAAUCGAAUGGAUCCAGAUGAUAUGAGACAUUUUUCGAUAUAAUUUGAAAAUUUGUGGUAAAAAUCGCUGACGCACGCAGAUAUUUCGAAGAUUGGAGACGGGCACCUUAUGAUUGAUGUACAAGAAUAUAAAUUAUCUAAUAAAGCGUUAAUUUAU